CACCUCACUAGUUCACUAUAGCAUGUCGCGCGCGCCGGUAUUGUUCGCCCCAUUGCAUUCUAAGGCCGCUAACUACUUCGUAAGAAUGACUAAUUCGGUCCGUAAUUUUCCGUGAAUUUUGUUACACGACAAAUUCAGUAUCGUACUUCGGUACCUAUGGUAUAGCCACGUAUAGCAAAAUAUUAAACAAUUCUAAUUUCAACUGUUUGUUUUGUCACGUGUGUAAACAGGUUUUGUGUGUGUCAAGGUUGGUCGCCACUAGUUUCAAUAAAACGAGCCUCAUGAAUGGUUCAUGUUUCUGAAAUCUGCAUGAUAACGAAUUCUGCUUGAAAAGACUGAAAAGAUUCGAUGCUACCGUUCACACUACCUACGUUUAUCUAUCUAUGCACAUAAGUGGUGUUGCUUAGAUAUAAAGAAUACUCAGCAGUGUGGCGCCGAGUGUUAAGAAUUACAAAAUUAUCACCAUGGAUUUGAAUAAAGAAUUUCACUUUAUAGACAACGAUUACAAAGUAAACGAUGACAAACAAUUUGACAACAAUAAUACAUUACUAAGACGAGAUACUAGUCAUGGUAUUAACAGUGAUACGAACUUUGACAUAGUUAAAUAUGAAGCAAUGGAAUUUAAAUCCCGUAUAAAGUGGCCUGAUUUAUUAGUGCAAGUAACAUUACACUUAGUGACGAUUUAUGGAGCUUAUCUUAUUUUAACCAAUAAAGUGAAAUUUCUUACAACAAUAUUUGCAUUUGGCACAAUUUAUACAUCGGGCUUUGGAAUAACCGCAGGCGUUCACAGGCUAUGGUCCCACAGAGCGUACCGAGCACGGCUGCCACUAAGGAUUUUGCUUGCUAUACUUUUUACAAUAACAGGUCAAAAAGAUAUCUACACGUGGGCAUUAGACCACAGAGUACAUCACAAAUACUCAGAGACAGUAGCGGAUCCACAUGAUGUGCGUAGAGGAUUUUGGUUUGCUCAUGUCGGUUGGUUAGUCCUGACGCCACAUCCAGCGGUAGAGGAUAGACGGUCAGCUUUGAAAAAAAUCUCCACAGAUCUCAUCGAUGACCCAGUAGUGAGAUUACAAAGACAAUUCUUCAUUCCCUUAUUUAUAUUACUCAAUGUGAUAAUACCCGUGGGAAUACCGAUGUAUUUCUGGGAUGAAACGCUUCUGAAGAGUUUCGUAGUGAGCUUCGUUACAAGAUUCACGGUGACAUUAAACAUCGCCUUCUGCGUCAACAGCUUCGCACAUUUAUGUGGAAAUAAGCCAUAUGACAGAUUUAUGAAACCAGUCGAGAACUCUAUGGUGAGCCUGGCAGCACUCGGGGAAGGGUGGCACAAUUACCACCAUGUCUUCCCUUGGGACUACAGGACGUCGGAGCUCGGAAAGUUAAAUUUGUCUACGAAGUUCAUCGAUGUCUUCGCUAAGAUUGGUUGGGCAUAUGACUUAAAAGCAGCUACAUCUUCUAUGAUCCUGAAUAGAGCAAAACGGAGUGGGGACGGUAGCUUUGAUAGUAUAGAAGAACCUGAUCCGUCGUCCAAUUGAAAUUGUAAAUCGAUAAACUAAAUGAUGCUUUAUAAAAUUUACGUUGCUUUACGUAGUGUAAAGUAACACCACACAAUUACCGCUAUCGUCAUGUAUUUAAAUAAAAGCAAGCUCAGUUUAUAUUUACACAAAUGAAUUCUAUUGCUUUCAUAUUACGCCUUCAUUUGUACCCGGAAUAUAAUUGCUUAAAUUAAUUUAAAAACGAAUAAAGAAAAUUAUAAAGUUUUUUGUAACAGAGUUUAGUUUCAAUAACGAAUUUUUAAUCGCGAGAUUUAAGUACUCGUAUUUACUUAGUAUAAAAAUUUUAAAAAUAAAAAUCAAUCAGAUCUAGUUAUUUAAUUUACCUGUUUUUAUCUCCACAGAUAAAUCUCAUGAUAAGCUUUCAUAGCAUAUAAAUUGUGUAAUGACGUUGUAAGUUGAUAGUAAAAGAUUUAAAGGAAAAGUUUAUUUUAU